AUGACGCUGGUCUUCUCUGCUAGAGCACGCAUGCUCUGGGGCCAUGCGCCUCGCGUAAGGUCGGCGGCUGCCUUCCGGCGCACACUCGCCACGGUCGCCGACGUCCCAUCAAGGUAGGUCUACCUAAACCCACUGCUCUGGACUUUCUUGACGAAUCUAUAGACCGGCUGUAGACGUAGUCGUCAUCGGCGGAGGACACGCAGGUUGUGAAGCCUCUGCAGCCGCCGCGCGAUCCGGUGCCCAAACAACACUCGUUACGCCGUCUUUCGACAAUCUGGGAGUUUGCAGUUGCAAUCCGUCCUUCGGCGGUAUUGGCAAAGGCACGAUGAUGAGGGAGAUCGAUGCGCUGGAUGGAGUGGUCGGAAGGAUCACAGACAAGGCUGGGGUACAGUUCAGAGUGCUGAACAAGAAGAAAGGACCUGCAGUAUGGGGACCGAGGGCUCAGAUCGAUCGAGCCUUGUACAAAAAGCACAUGAGAGAAGAGAUCAUGAAUUACGCCGGCUUACAGGUCAAGGAAGGUAAGGUUGCGGACAUCAUCAUAGAUCGAUCUCCUGAGGCGGCAGCAGAGGGACGACAUGGAAAGAUCAAAGGAGUCAGGCUGGAGUCGGGCGAGAUCAUCGAAACACAAAAGGUGGUGAUUACGACGGGUACAUUUCUUGGAGGUGAGAUACACAUAGGACUGGAUGUAUUUCCAUCCGGGCGGAUGGGAGAAGCUGCCACGUUUGGUCUGUCGAAAUCGUUGAAGGAAGCAGGCUUCACGCUGGGAAGACUAAAGACGGGAACACCUCCACGAUUAGACAAGAAGUCUAUCGACUUUGCGAGAUUAGAGGUGCAGCCCGGCGACGAGCCUCCAGUUCCCUUCUCCUACCUCAACGAGCGAGUCGCGGUCGAAGAGCAAUUGAACUGUUGGAGUACUCAUACCAACCCAGAGGCGCACAAGAUUAUUCGUCAGAACCUGGACAAGAGCAUUCACAUCCGAGAAAGCGUUAAGGGACCCCGAUACUGUCCAUCUCUGGAAAGCAAGGUCAUUCGAUUCACGUCGAAGAACCAGCACCUCAUCUGGCUUGAACCCGAAGGGCUGGACAACGAUGUCAUCUACCCCAACGGCGUCAGCAUGACUGUCCCAGCGGAAGCCCAAGAAGCUAUGCUCAAGAAGGUCGUCGGUCUCGAGAACGUCAAGAUGAUCCAGCCAGGCUACGGCGUCGAAUACGACUAUGUUGAUCCUCGAAGCUUAAAAAGCACCCUCGAGACCAAGGCGAUCAGCGGCCUCUUUUUGGCAGGUCAGAUCAACGGCACAACGGGCUACGAAGAAGCCGCAGCACAAGGUAUUGUCGCCGGCAUCAACGCCGGGAACUCCGCAAUCGGUCGCCCUCCCUUCACCAUGUCGCGAGCGGAAAGCUACAUCGGCAUCAUGAUCGACGACCUCAUCACAAAAGGCGUCAGCGAACCCUACCGCAUGUUCACCAGCCGAAGCGAAUACCGCAUGUCCGCACGCGCCGACAACGCCGACCUUCGCCUCACCGCCAAAGGCCAUGAAGCCGGCAUCAUUACUCCCCAUCGUUGGUCAGCUUUCCAAGACGAAAAGAAUCAAAUGGACGAAGUCCGCUCUCUCCUCGAAUCCAAACGCCUUUCAUCUCAAAGCUGGAUCGAGAACGGUUUCCCAGUCCGAAGCGACAGUAUCAAACGCUCGGCUUUCGACCUCCUCCGACACAGCAACAUCUUCGCCUCGUCACUCACCUCUGUCAUCCCAGAACUCAAAACUUACAACCCUCGCAUUCUCCGCAGGAUCGAAAUCGAAGGAACCUACGCUCCCUACAUCGCCCAACAGACCAACGCCUCCGCAGCCUUCGCAAGAGACGAGUCUCUGCUCCUCCCUCCUAAUAUCGACUACCAAGCCAUCCACGGCCUGAGCUUCGAGGAGAAAAACGCGCUGUCCGCAACGAGACCCGAGAGUGUGGGGCAGGCGAGGAGAGUGGAAGGCGUCACGCCUUCGGGUGCUCUGUGUCUCCUGGCCUAUGCCAGAGGCGCGUGGCGGAAAGAGCGGAAAUCCAAGGUCUUUGUCAAGGAAACGGAUGAGGCUCAGCCUCCGGGGCGAGAAGUCGAGGUUUUGGCGUAG